ACCAGUCAAGUUCUAAACGUCGUUUAAAUACAAUGUUCCUUUUCGGGCUACUUUAUGUUUUAUCCUUGUUUUUAAAAUUGUGUACGACAGUCACAAUUUCAGACGAUGAUUACAAAUUGCUUCCUCAAUUGUAUGAUAUGGACGACUAUAAUGGUUGUAACAGAGAAAGUAACGAGUAUUGCAAAAUUAAGCUGGUUCUAAUGCCCAUUGACAGGAACAGUAAAUUGUGGAAGCUCAUUGAGACUAUCGAAAAAGAAAAACUAAUCCUGAAACGUGACGUCAUAUACCGCGCCAAAUGCCUUGCUAAGGAAUUUCUUUCAGACAGGGAAACCACAGUGGCGCAUAUCACACAACUGGAAAACAAAAAAUUGGAAAAUAUGUCGCUUCACGCGAAAAUAGAAAGCAUCAAAUGCAAAGAAAAUAUGCAGGAUUUGACUUUAAAAAGCUAUUUUGUCUUGUGGUUACUCGUGGGUUAUUUAGUACUUCUAAUUUUCGCGACAGUGGUUGAUAUAUUAUCAAGAAAAAAUAAGGGAAACCAUGCACCCAAAACAAAUAUCAUCACUGUUCUAUCAGUUCUAAGCAACUGGGAAUCUUUGAGAAAACCUAUAAGGAAUACGGACUACAACAAACUAAAGUGUUUGCAAGGUUUCAGGAUAUUAACCAUGUGGUUGGUGGUGGGCGGUCACAGCAUUAUAAUAGCUGGUACUACCUAUGUGGCCAACACCAAGAUAAUAGAUUAUUUUCUAUUAAACUUGUUCGGAAGAUGUUUGAUAAAUUUUUCACUUCUCCUGAUCCAAUCUAAUUUUUUGAUGUCCGGAUGGCUUCGCACCAUUCAAAUUUACAACGAUGUAGAGAAGUCCGAUGAUAAGAAAUUGUCAGUGAACGUGAUAACAAAAACGUUGACCGCUAGGUAUUUGCGAUUUGUUCUUCCUCUUAUAUUUUACAUCGGCCUAACUCAUUCGGUUAAACCGUUUUUUCAUGGACCACAAACAGAUCUUUUAGACGUUAAUAACGAAGCUUGUCGAACCCAUUGGUGGGCAAACCUGUUAUUAAUAAAUAACUUUUUUUAUGUUAAGGACAUGUGUAACAUCGUGUCUUGGUACCUCUCUUGUGAUUUUCAAGCACACGUAGUUUCCAUGGCACUCUUUUACUUGAUGUACAAAUGGAACUUUGGAAUAAAACUUUUUGGAGCUGUGUUCCUGUGUAUUGUAGGGAUUAAUACAUACAUUCUAUAUAAUCUCUACACGAUAUAUAAUUUAGAAAGGAUAAUUGCGAUACCGACAAGAGCUGAGUAUCUUAAACUUGAGAAUAUUUUGAAGGACGACUAUGGUUACUAUCUCCACACGUCAUUUUUUCAAAAUUUUAGUAGUUAUAUCGUAGGUAUACUCUUUGGAGCUGUAUAUCACCGAUACAAGGACACAAAUAUAGAAGUGACCAAGACCAUUACAGUCAUGUGGACCGUAGGAUUUUGUGGUCUUCCAGCUUUAGCAUCAGCUUUGUGUUUUUACGAUUACGAGCCUCUGGUUGCGGCAGUCAUUGGAUCUUUAGUAAAACCUUUGUUUGCGUUGGGUAUAGGCAUUGGUAUGCUAGGAAUAUCGCAUAACAUUGGCGGAUUUGUGAAAAGGCUGUUUGAAGCCAGCCCUCUAGAAUUUAUAUCAAGAUGGAAUUUUUCGAUUUAUUUAUUCCAUAUUCUAAUUAUAUUUUACAAUACCUCUACAUGGACGUAUAUGCUAGAAAUAUCCUAUUUCUUUUUAGUGCAAAUUUUCUUGUCUAAUAUUCUUCUAGCAACCGUAUUGGGACUGAUAUUACAUUUAAUUAUUGAAAGGCCUCUGUUAGAUAUUAAAAAUGUCAUAAUUUCUAAAUGGGCACCCAAACAAAAAACAAAUUAAACUUUUUUGUUGGAAAUAGAACCUUGUACUUUUAUAUGACUUUCUUACCAAUAAUGUAAAGAAAUGUAGUAAUAAACUGUAUACAUUUUA